GCAGAACCUUCCACUGGGGGGCAGUAACAAAGUUUGAGACGGACUUCCUCGUCAGCUGCCUGUCAGCAGCAAUGUAAACAUUUCAUUCAUGUGCGGUGGAUUUGCCAAGAGAAGUGACUGUGGGAACCUCUGAUGUUGCUCUGUGAGCAUGGCCUCAACCUCCAGUUUUGCCCCUCCAAAACUAGCAGACUUCAUCUUGACAGAGCGCCUGGGCAGCGGCACAUAUGCUACUGUCUACAAAGCCUACAGAAAGGGGAACAGUCGAGAAGUGGUGGCAGUGAAAGUUGUAGGGAAGAAAACUCUCAACAAGGCCUCAACAGAAAACCUUCUCACAGAGAUUGAAAUCUUGAAGACUGUGCGUCAUCCUCAUAUAGUCCAACUCAAAGACUUCCAGUGGGAUGCGGAGAACAUUUAUUUAAUCCUGGAAUGGUGUUCAGGUGGAGAUCUCUCCCGGUUUAUUCGCAGUCGCAGGAUUUUACCUGAGAGUGUGGCUCGGCGCUUCCUGCAGCAGAUGGCCUGCGCUCUUCAGUUUCUUCAUGAGCGGAAUAUCUCACACUUGGAUUUGAAGCCCCAGAAUAUUCUACUGAGCGGCUCGGUCCUCAAACUGGCAGAUUUUGGGUUUGCCCAGUACAUGUCACCGUGGGAUGAGAAGAGUGUGCUGAGAGGCUCUCCGCUCUACAUGGCUCCUGAGAUGGUUUGCCGACGCCAGUAUGACUCUAGAGUGGAUCUGUGGUCAGUCGGCGUCAUUCUUUACGAGGCUCUGUUUGGACGAGCUCCAUUUGCAUCAAAGUCAUAUGCUGAACUGGAGGAGAAAAUACGAAGCAAUCAACGCGUCGAGCUCCCUCCUGGGGCCCGAGUCUCCAAGGACUGCAGAGACCUUCUGUUGAGGCUGCUCGAGCGAAAUCCAGAUACCCGGAUCACCUUUGAGGAGUUCUUCACUCACCCUUUUUUGGAUAUGGAGCACAUGCCAAGCGCAGACAGCAUAGUGAAAGCAAAAGAGCUGGUGCUGCAGGCCGUGCAGAAGGACCAGGAGGGGGAGCGCUCCGAAGCACUGUCUUUCUACUGCAGUGCCCUCGAGCACUUCGUCCCCGCCAUUCACUAUGAGACAGACCGACAGCGUAAAGAUGCCCUCAGGCAGAAGGUCAGGCAGUAUGUGUCGAGAGCUGAGGAACUGAAAGCCCUUCUCGCUUCGGACAACAAGCGGAGCUUCGAGGAGGCCAAGACAUCCAGAGAUGUUCUCCGAGAAAUGUCUAAAGACCAACCACGUCUCCUUGCUGCCUUGGAGAUGGCCUCUACAGCUAUUGCUAAGGAGGAGAAUGAAUCAGAUGAUCUUGAAGCUUUGGAUAUGUACCAGCAAUGCUUAGGAGAGCUACUGUUGGCAUUAGCAGCUGAGCCCCAGGGUCGCAGGAGGGAGCUGCUCCACAAUGAGAUAAAAAGCCUCAUGACCCGAGCUGAAUACCUCAAGAAGCAUAUCAAGAUGGAAGAGAGUGAGAGGGAUGUGUCUCUGGAUCGGGAAUGUCUUGCAGAAUCUGUCAGAAGCUCGUGCAGCUUGCAGUGAGCGGAGCAGCAGCUGUGAAACCCGGGAAUGCCCUGUAGGUCGUCCAUCAGUGUUCAGGAUGGACAUGGCGACCUCACCACACCAGGCCUUUGCAGGGGCCAAAGCACACUGUAUCCUAACCAACUGAGCUCACUAUCUGGGUGGCAUGUGACGGUUACCAACCAAAGGUGGACAAUGUUUUGGCUGCUGCUUUAAAGGUCCCUAAACCAAAUGAAUUGGCAGGUAAGGGAUUUGGUUUAAAUGUUGUUGUUUCAUUUUUAAUAAGGGAGACCGGAGGGUGCUAAAGUCCUGAAAGUAGCUCUUGAAUUUUGGAUUUGCACACUGGUGAAUGUGAAAGUUUCCUGCCUUUUACUGUGUGUUGUUAGCGAGCUGAGCCUCAAUCCCCUCCUCCAGACACACUAUUGAUAUGGAAAUUCUGGACAGCUUGUCUGACAAUACCAACACUGUUAUGCUAAAUGAGUUAAACUGAGACCGCUGCAUUAGUUAUCACACGACAUCUACAGGUCCUUUCAGCAUGCUUAGGAGUUGCACAAAAUGCAAACACAAUCAAAUAUGAACUGUAAUGUUUAAUCACUGGUGUUUAGAAACGUACUGUUAACUAGUCAGAUUUGUGCAAGCACUUCUCCAUUGCCUUUAUUGUGGGUCAACCACAGGCUCAUCAUGCUCUCAUCCCUGACUGAAUCCUCAUCAGAGGUGUGGCUCCUGCUUCACUUGCACUGGCGUUGUGUUUAGGUUUGGGUGGUGAUCUGUAUCUGAACUCCUCACAGAUCCUUCAAGGCUUCUGUUAAAGAUUAACAAGUUGAACAGAUAUGCUGAGUUCUUUUGUACAUUGGAUCCAGCUGUAAAAAAUUUUCCUAAAGGGAAGAUUUUUAGGCAGCUGCAAUUUCCACACUGCUGUAUGGUUUACUUUUUUUUUUUUUUUU